AUGCCUCUCUCAGUUGCAUUGCCAUUAGAAAGUACUUUGCUCAAGCUUAGUUGGAGAAACACCAAUAUGAUCCCUUUUCUAAUAUUGAUUAGUAUUAUCGACCUUAAAACAUAGGCCAAGGACUUCUCAUUAAAGUCAAUCUGGCAAAACAAGAACACAAGAAUUGGAAUAAUGCAGUUAUCUCUAUCUUUCAAUUUGGUUCAAAUUUUCUUCAUAUUAAGCGGUUAGUACACAAUCAUGUCACAUGCCUCAAUAUUUUCCAAUCUGGGAGGUGCAAUGCUAGUAAUUCAUAGAGUAAUCUUACGCUAGCCAACACAUAGAUGGGAGUACUCUGGAGUUAUCAUAGCUAUGGUCGGCUCAAUCAUUUCUGUUUUAGACAAAGAUGUUAAAAAGAUAGAUGAGUCACACCAAAACAUUCCAUUUGGUGAUAUCUGUGGAAUUAUAAGCUCUCUCUUUGCAGCUUAUUUUUUUCAGAAGAACUCUUAAGUUAUUUAGAAAGUGCCUUCUUCAAUAGUAGUUUGCUUAACAAUUAUCAUUUCUGAGAUUUUAUUAGUAAUUUUUGGGCUUAUAUUUGACACAUUUACUCUUGAUUUCAAUACUCACACAGGAGUUUUCGGGUUUAUAAGCAAGGAAUAUUUCCUUUACACAUUUUUUGCACUCGGAUUAUUUUGUGGAGCAAUGUCAAUUUACACUGCUACCCUCGUACUUAAGUAUUAUCCUGCUGUUGUUUUACUAAUUACUAGCCUAUUUGAGCCCCUUUUGUGUUAAGCCAUCUCUUGCUUGAUGAAUAUUGAUAAAGCUCCUGGUUUAAUGACUUAUCUAGGAGGCAUGUUGACCUUAAUCGGAAUUCUUGGGAGUGGCUUAUGGUGGUUAGCACCUUGA